AAGGUUUAUUUCAGCUUCUUUAUGACACUGUAACGAGCGAUUCAUUAAGCUGUCUGUUGUUUCCCAUCCUAUCAUUCUCUCGCUUGAUCCUCAUUUUCAUCAUCUCUCCCUCUCAUAAUUUAGAUCUUAUUUUGUUUAUUUUACUUCACCACUUGAUCCUUUUGCCUCGAACAAAUUAUCCAGAGAAUCAUCAUGCUACACCAUAUUUCCAUUAACCAACUCUUGGGCACUUUUAUCUUGUUGUCUGUGUCUCUGGGGGUCAUAUACUUUUUUUUUAAUGGAGGAGAAACGAUGUAUGAAAGGUUUUGUCAGCCAUGUCAAGAUAACAUGGAACUAGAAGGGACUGAUCUACUGACAGGUGAACAGGUGAAGGAGUGCAAUGACAACAAGCUGUGGAGAGACCUCACUAUGCAACAGGGAUUGAACUAUGACCAACCAAGCGUAAUGAAAGGACGCACUGAUGUGAACUCAGUGACCAACUGGAAUGCUCCCCUGGUUUGGGAGGGAACCUUUGACCCUGUGGUUAUUGAUGCGAUCUAUAAGAAAAUGGACCCACGUGUGGCUGUGGUGGUGUUUGCCGUUGGCAAAUACACCCGCUUCCUGAAGGCCUUCCUGGAGUCGGGUGAAAAGUUCUUUCUUGUUGACUUCAGGGUCACGUACUACAUCUUCACAGACAAUGAAACAGACGUUCCCCCAGUAAAGAUGGGUGCAGGCCGGAGGAUCUCGGUUGUGACUGUCCCCAGUGCGAACCGCUGGCAGGACGUGGUGCUCGGGAGGAUGAAGUGGGCCACAAUUACCAUCGACAAGCAGAUCCGCAAUGAAGCUGACUACCUGUUCAUGAUGGACAUCGACAGUGUCUUCCGCUACCGCUUUGGGGCCGAGUCUCUCAGCCAGCUCUCCGCUGUGCUUCACCGAGGCUACUACAAGACGACAAGAAAUCACUUUCCUUAUGAGCGUCGGCGAGAGUCCACUGCAUAUAUACCUUAUGAAGAAGGAGAUUACUACUACACUGCUGCCGUGUGGGGCGGAUACCUGGAGGACAUGUACAAGCUAGUCAAAUACUGUUACGAGCAGUCACAGGUGGACGCUGAGAAUCACAUUGAGGCUGUGUGGCAGGAAGAGAGUCACCUCAACAAGUACCUGCUCUACAACAAACCCACUAAGGUGUUGUCCUCAGAGUAUCUGUGGGCGGACUAUGAUCAAAUACCAGCUGACAUCAAAGUGGUCAGGAUCUCACAGCUGGUUAAGAACUAUGCCGAGGUUCGGCCUAACGGUGGACACUAAGUCAGUCUGGUACUUGUGGACGUAGAUGUUGAUUCAUGUCACUGACAUGAUAUGGUUUGCUGUGUGUUCGCUACUGGAUAAUCAAAGGGGAUAAAUUAGGAUGUGGGUUGGUUUUGGAUAUUGGAUAUUAUUAUAUAUAUACAUACACACAGUAUGUGCAGUACAAUAAUAUGUCUUCUGAGAAGUUUUAUGUUCAGUUAACUUUGGCAUCAGUGCAUCCUGGUGUGUUCCGGUACGUUUUCGUAUUGAUUGUAAAAUAGUUUUAUUUGUUUCUAAGUGCUUACAUGGUCUCACUCCUCAGUAUCUGUCUGACCUCCUCUUGCCAUAUACUCUGUUACGCUCUCUUAGGUAAGCAGAUCAGCUACUGUUCGUCAUCCCGAGGACAAAGAAAAAGUCUAGAGGCGACUGAGCCUUAUUAGUAGCCUGGAAUAAGUUGCCAUUACAAAUUAUACUAAAAACUCACUUUUAGUUUUUUAAUCCUUUCUUAAAACUCAUUACUUUUUUCUGGCGUUUUUUACUCUUAUUUGUAUUUUUCCAUUUCAUACAUAGUGCUCCAGCGGCUCAGUGGCUACAGCUUCAGUCUGGCAAACGUGAUGUUGUCAGUUGGAGCUCAGUUGAUUCCACCAGAAAAUAAAGUAUGUCUUAUAGAAUUUUAUGCUGAUAUUUCACAUAACCACAAACUGAUGAAAUAGUUAAUGCUGAUAUGAAUUUUCUCAGAUAUUUGAACAAAACAUUAGGGUUAUGUGUAAAAUUAACUUUAACUCCUUUAUUCUUAAGUUAUGUAAUUUAACGGCAUAAACCUGCUGACCAACCUGUUUCAUAGGUUUAAAAAAAAAGGUUAUUUGAUUUUUUACAUAUAGUAUAUGUUUGAGCAUAUUUGCAUUAUGUUUAUUGGAGUGGAGCUCCAACGUCCUGUUGCUGUUUUUAAUGAUCUUGACCCUAAAGAGACGAGAGGAUUGUUAGUUUCUAACCACAUCCCUGGGUGUCGUUUAACACCCGUGUCCUGUUUUGGCAUCUUCCAUUUCACCUGUUUGUUUAGUUUGUUUGGUCUCCCUCUGCCAAAGCCACAUUGUUGGCUAAAAAUAACAAUGAUUUUCAUAUCUACUUCUACUUUCUAUUAUUAUUUUUACUGUUCAGACUCCUCUCUACUCGCGUCUUAUCUCAUUCACAUCAUGUGCCCUCAUGAACUUCAGCCUCUCUGUUUGUGAAGCCCUCAUUCUGGUCUGUUGGUUCCUGUUACUGUCACAUGGAAUUUUGUGAAGAGGCUGUUCUGGUUUUUGACUGUACUGUACUGUACUGUAGCAUACUUAGAGAUCCAUGGUGUGGCCCUGUGAUGCUAAAGUAUUUUAUGUUAGUAUAUAUAUGAGAACUGCACCUAAAUAUAAUACACAUAUAAUGCACAUCAUACAAGUUUCAAUGUAAAGGGUGUGAGUGUGUGUCUUCUUUACAGCUUUUGUGUCUGUUUGUAGUUCGUCUUGAAUGUACCAAAUUACCAAAGUAUGAAACAAUGUGCACUGGAACCAGUGAACUAAAAUGGUAUCUAAAAGCUGCACUACAGGUUUUGCACUACUCUAUUGUAACUAAUUGGCAAAACAUCCGAUCACGCUGCCAUGUGGGUCUGUGCUUGCAGCUCUGUGUACAUCUCAAUAGUGAGAGCAAGAUGUGAAAAAUUAUUACUGUUUUGUGGAUACUUAUAGUCUUUUACUCUUAUUUCAGUCACACUGAGUUAUAUAUAAUGGCAUGUUCAGAAUCAUGCUGCCAAUGGCUUCUUUUCAGAGAAGUGAACCUGUAUGUUGCACCUGUGUCCCCUUCCAUAAUCCCUGAUCCACGGUCAGUUUAUCACAGCAACGCUCCUGCAGGAGCCCAUCAGGCCUGGCCUCCUUGUACUGUGUGUGUAACUGGUGUACUUCUGUACUGAAAUUCACUUUUGAAGCUUUUGUUUCUGAGAGUGAGCAAAUCGUAUAACUUCUAUUUAUUUUA